UUCAAUCAAACACCCAAACACAAACAAACCAUUGCAGCUACGUUUUAUUACACUCAGAAUUUCUUUGCAAUGAAGCAACUCAUCCGCCGUCUCUCCCGCGUCGCCGACGUCUCCGCCCAGUACAACCUCAUCCGCUCCACGCCUCCACCUGAAUCCUUUCGUGUCGCUGUUAAGAAGCAGGCGCCGCGGUCGGUCACCCAGGGCCACGUCCCGGUUUACGUCGGGGAAGAGAUGGAGCGGUUCGUUGUUAACGCGGAGCUGCUCAACCACCCGGUUUUCGUCGGGUUGCUUAACAAGUCGGCUCAGGAGUACGGGUAUGAGCAAAAAGGGGUGCUGCAUAUUCCCUGUCGCGUGCUCGUUUUUGAAAGGGUUAUGGAAGCAUUGAGACUAGGGGUUGAAUCAAGUGACCUCCAGGAUCUCCUUCGUUCUUUCUCCGACGAUUUCUAGGCAGAGAAACAUGAGCAUACGAGGUCUGUUUUUUUUAGGUUUUCCCCCCAUGUAAAUAGAUGAUGUUAAAGGAAAA